GACGGCGGUACCCGGGAGGCACCGACUUUAGGGUCUCUUCUCUGAGUCUCCAAAGCGGGCGGCGCUGCGAGAUCGCGGGCCGCGCCCUCCCGCCUCCUGGCGCUCCCCAUGCACCUGCCGGCCUGCGCCCCCGCCAUGGCCGACGGCAGCUUCUCGCUUGCCGGCCACCUGCUCCGCAGCCCGGGAGGAAGCACCUCCCGGCUGCACAGCAUCGAGGCUAUCCUGGGAUUUACCAAGGACGAUGCGAUCCUCGGUUCCUUCUCUGCGGAGCCGGGCGCCCGGGGCGCGAAGGAGCGGGAUAGGAGGCCGGGCGCGCGGGCCGCCUGCCCCAAGGCGCCCGGGGGAAGCGGCGAGCCCUCCCCGCAGCCUGUCCCCGCGCCUGCUCCAGAGUACGAAGCCCCUCGACCCUACUGCCCCAAGGAGCCUGGAGAAGCACGGCCGAGCCCCGGGCUGCCCGUGGGUCCCGCCACCGGGGACGCGAAGCUGUCGGAGGAGGAGCAGCCCAAAAAGAAGCACCGGCGGAACCGCACGACCUUCACCACGUAUCAGCUGCACGAGCUGGAACGCGCGUUCGAGAAGUCUCACUACCCCGACGUGUACAGCCGCGAGGAGCUGGCCGGCAAGGUCAACCUACCCGAAGUCCGCGUCCAGGUGUGGUUCCAGAACCGACGGGCCAAGUGGCGGCGGCAGGAGAAGCUCGAAGUGUCGUCCAUGAAGCUGCAAGACUCGCCCCUCCUCUCGUUCAGCCGCUCCCCGCCGUCGGCGGCUCUGGCGCCCCUCGGGGCGAGCCCGGGCGGGGGCGGCGGGCCGGCGGGGGGCGCCCUGCCGCUCGAGUCGUGGCUGGGGUCGCCGCUGCCCGGCGGGGGCGCCACGGCGCUGCAGAGCCUGCCGGGCUUCGGGCCGCCGGCGCAGAGCCUGCCCGCCAGCUACACGCCGCCGCCGCCGCCGCCGCCCUUCCUGAACUCCCCGCCGCUGGGCCCCGGCCUGCAGCCCCUCGGGCCGCCGCCGCCCGCCUACCCGUGCGCGCCCGGCUUCGGGGACAAGUUCCCGCUGGACGAGGCGGACCCGCGCAACAGCAGCAUCGCGGCUCUGCGCCUCAAGGCCAAGGAGCACAUCCAGGCCAUCGGGAAGCCGUGGCAGGCCCUGUAGGGGCACCCGACACCCGAUCGGGCCCGACGACCGUCCUGGGAUCGACCCAGACCCGCAGGCGCGCGCCCUUUCCCCCUGCGUUCCCCACACGGCCACCCUCCGGAGCCGCCGGAAGCUGCGGCCAGGCCUGGGUCUCGGACGCGCGUCUGCUCCUGGCUCGCCGCGGAGGACUGACCUUGCGGCCCGCCGAGACCCUCUGGCCACCAUCCCUCCACCUCCACGGACCCCCGGCCCUGCUGCUGGAGGGGGAGAGACGGCCCGGCCCCUCGGGGUUCAGGAGACCCAACGCGCCUGACCUCGGCCGCUCCCGGACGGCGUGGCUACCCCGGAAAACGACAACUGGGAGGAAGGGGAGGCCGAGGAGUAUAGUUUGAGGGACUGUUUGUAUGCGUAGUUGAAGUGUUGGGGAGGAGAAUUAAAG